CGCGACACCAAAAGGGCGGCGGAAAAGUUCCUGAUGCCGCUAACUCGUUUGGGAAUAGCCGCUCUCACCGCCUAUCGGCAAAAUCUUGACCUCUCAAGAAAUUUAUCCAAAUCCUCGGAUUCUCGUUCAUCGAGUAUCUGGUGUUUCUUGUCCUGUACAUGUCGAUCAACAUAUGAAGGAGGUGCCCGUAUGCUUGCUUAAGCAUGGGUCAAAAAAGAAAAGCAUCCGGGGGUUAUCCAAGCCCUAAACGACUACAAAAACAUUUAGCCCUGGACUCCACUGAUUCAAUCCACGAGGAAGCACAUUCCGACGUUGAUUACUCCUUGCACGAUGAUGCCAGCAUCACCAGCGGAAGCCUCAAUGAUACCCCGGCCACACCAAUUUCCACGACCUCGGUCAGAUACCCAUCGGAAUUGAAAACUCACCGCUGUCCGUUCGAAGGCUGCGACAAAGCGUUUAAUCGACCCGCACGACUACAGGAACACUUGCGCUCACACAAUAAUGAAAGGCUAUUUAGCUGCUCUUUCGACGGCUGUGACAAGACCUUCCUUCGAGCCUCGCACUUGAAUCACCACGUCAAAAGCGCCCAUACCGGAGUCCGAGACUAUGUCUGUGAUCGUCCGGGUUGUGGAAAGAGCUUCGUGACAGGCUCGCGGCUUCGACGGCAUUUGGCUGCACAUGAUGGCCAGGACAAAUACCGGUGCACCGGGUAUCCGCCCUGUAACGAGACCUUCCGCAAGCACUCGACACUCCAGAAGCAUGUUCUGUCCGCUCAUCUGAAACAAAAGCCCUUCCAAUGCACACACAAUGACCCAGAAACCGGUGAGAAAUGCAUAAUGGCGUUUGAAACGGCGGGCCAUCUGCGUACGCAUGAAAGCAGAGUCCACUCGGAGAAGCGAUUUAGCUGUGCGGAGUGUACUCAGCGCGCAGAAGAGGACCCGUCAUUGAUGGCCCCUCCUGUUACAUUUCCCACAUACUCCCUACUGCAGAGCCAUAUUCGAACUGCACACCCUCCACAAUGUCCUAAUUGUUCUGUGGCCUGCUCGACACCGCGUGAACUCCGCCGCCACUUGGAAGUUGCCCACGGAAACAUCAGCCUCGAAGACCGCCGGAUAUUCCCCUGCACAGUACCCGGCUGCGACCGCAGCUUCACGAAAAAGGGAAACCUAACGGUCCACAUCCGGACUGUCCACGAGGGAGAGAAGCGUUUCGUCUGCGGCGAGACAGACGUCUCCGCCUCAAAGCGAGUUACCGGCUGGUCCGGCGGCGGGUGCGGAAAGCGAUAUGGCAGCAAGCUCGCCCUCGAAGAACACAUUCGCACAGCUCAUCUGGGCUUCCAGAACUCCAAAGCUGAACGACGCCAGCGCCUCGGUCUGGCGAAGAAACGCCAAGAAAGCAGCAACCUCUCCGCGUUGGCUUCUUUGACAGGCGAAGGCUACGACGAGGAAACUGGCCGCCAAAUUACAUGCUUUGUCAACGCGUGUCCACACCGCUUCCACCGCAAUUAUGACCUUUGGGUCCAUAUGGGCAGCAAACAUAAUUACGCGGAGGAUGACAUCCGCGACUUAUUUCUCCAGCGGGCUCUGCUCGGGGACGACCCUGAACCAGUCCCCGGCCAUGUAUUUGGGAUUUACGGCCUUGAAUUCGAUACCGGCACUCCUUCGUGUGAUCCUAUGCCUGCAGAGACUCAUACGGACCCAACCAUGCUGCUGCCGGAGAUUAGCACAGAUUUCCCAACCUACCCUUCUCAAGCGACUACCGGGUACUAUGACGCUGAUCUUCUGAUGCAAGAGGCCGCUCCUACGCCUACCUCUGCCUCCGUUGCCGACACCAAAAUACCCAACCCCGACGACAUGAUGAUGAUCGAUCCGUUCCUGGACUACAGUAUGAGCAUGGUUAAUUCGUAGCGUGCGCUUGCUUUCAUAUAUCCUCUUAGCUUUGACUGAGUAUGGCGUUUGCGUAUAUUCUCUGUUUCUGUUCUUUCUCUUUUCUAGCUGGAUCAUGUCUGCUCUUUUCAAAUAUUAUCUAGGAACCGAAGACAAGUCUCACUAAUCAGCCAACGAAGUAAUGAAAAUGUCGAACAUAUGGUUUUCUCGUCGCGUAAUAAAUUACAUAUAUCAACAAAGGAAUUGCUACGAAAUCUUCAAGUCUGGAGGAAUCU